GACGUGCGCUCCUCUCACGCCGGCUUUCAAACGCUUUCAUCAUUCUUGUCGCACACUGACUGAGAUUUAAGGUCAGCAGCAACAUACAGCGCUGGAUAGAGAAAUACUUUUUUUCUCCUACUGAAACAUGGAUACCGGUGUUGGCGUAGAGAGCGCACCUAUUGCCUCAUGGAGGGAAUGUUUUGUAAUCCAGAGGGUCCGCAUGUUGGUACCUGUUGGAUUCAAGAGCGAAAUAAAAGCGCUGUCAAAACUUUCACUACCAGUGAUGAUAUCCCUGCUCAUGAGUUUUUCAGUGAGUUUCGUUAGUACGAUAUUUUGUGGCCAUCUGGGGAAGACAGAGCUGGCAGGAGUGUCUCUGGCCAUUGCAGUUAUUAAUGUUACAGGUGUAUCUGUUGGAUUUGGUUUGACAUCAGCAUGUGAUACUCUGGUUUCUCAGACCUUUGGAAGUGGUAACCUCCUGAAAAUUGGAGUUAUUCUGCAGCGGGCCAUCCUCAUUUUGCUCCUGGCUUGUUUCCCCUGCUGGGCCAUCCUCAUCAACACAGAGCCUAUCCUGCUGGCAAUCAGACAAGAACCAGAAGUGGCAAGGUUGUGUCAGAUGUAUGUGAAGAUCUUUAUGCCAGCACUUCCUGCUGCAUUCAUGUACUCAUUAGAAGUAAGUUAUCUGGAAAACCAGGGCAUUAUAUGGCCACAGGUAAUCACAGGCUUUGCUGUCAAUCUUCUGAAUGCUCUCAUCAACUACAUCGUUCUCUUCGUGUUAAAUCUUGGAGUUGCAGGUUCUGCUAUAGCCAACACCAUUUCCCAGUUCUCCAUGGCUGGAAUUCUCUUUGUUUAUAUCUUAUGGAAAGGUCUUCAUAAGGCCACUUGGGGAGGUUGGUCUCGAGAGUGCCUCAGGGACUGGGGCUCGUACAUCCACUUGGCUAUCCCAGGCAUGAUCAUGAUGUGUGCUGAAUGGUGGACAUAUGAGAUUGGAGGCUUUCUGGCAGGUCUCAUAAGUGAAGUGGAACUUGGAGCUCAAGCAGUUGUGUAUGAAUUGUCAAAUGUUGCGUACAUGUUCCCCAUGGGUUUCAGCAUAGCGGGCAGCGUAAGAGUUGGAAAUGCUUUGGGAGGUGGAGAAACAGAGCGGGCCAAGCUGUCUGCUAAAACAUCAAUGUUCUGUGCAGUGUCAGUGUCUGUAUGUUUGGCAGCUCUCAUUGGGGGCCUAAAGGACCACAUCUCUUACGUCUUUACAUAUGAUGAACAAAUCAGGCAAAGAGUUUCUGAUGUCAUAUCUUUUUAUGCUCCUUUCAUUCUACUAGAUGCAACAUCUGCUGCCUUGGGUGGUAUAAUAAGAGGAGCAGGUAAACAGAAAGUUGGAGCUAUUUGCAACAUUUUGGGAUAUUAUGGUGUUGGCUUUCCGAUUGGAGUGUCACUGAUGUUUGCAGCCAAAUUAGGAAUCAAGGGUCUGUGGACAGGCUUGUUAACUUGUGUGUUCCUGCAGUGUUUCGUCCUGAUUUUCUAUUUGAUAAAAAUGAACUGGAAAAGGGUCACAGUUGAGGCUCAGGUCAGAGCAGGAGUGCGUGGAAGCUCCACAGACACAGGUACCCAACCAGAUGACUCUGGGAACUCAGAGGUUCAAGCUGACACCACUGACCUGAUGGAUACUGAGGAGGAACCUGCAGUGAGAUCAGCUGAAGUGGAGCUCUCUUACAGAACUCUGGUCCUGCGUAGGGGCCUGGCUCUGGCUGCCAUGCUGUUCAUCUUGGCUGUUGGUAUUAUUUUAAAUCUGCUAAUAAUCAACUUGGCUACCUGAUUAUGAGUAAGGUCAAACUUAUUCAGUGAAAUAACUCCCAAGCCUCCAGCGCCACUUUGCCAGGAGGGCUCAGCAAUAUGCAAGCAUUUGCAAAGCAGGCAGUAACAGAGGUCACAAGCAGGCCCUAAGGCAGAUGAGCAGAAAAUGAAAGAGGGGUCUAUCGAUAAAUCAGUAUAAGCAAUAUAUUCCUCGUAAUUGAGAAGAAUAUUUAAUA